AUCAAAUCGAAAAAAUUAGGUACUAGAAGAGUCCAAAACCUUGGAGAAAAAAAGGACCUUGGCUCUUAGGAUCUACAGUCCUGAUGUUUAGUACCUCUAAAGCUUCUUGGACAAGCAGGACUUGGCGGUUUUGAAGCGACUGGAGAGAAUUUUGAGCUAACAUGAGUAUGACUGCAGGGCAAGAAAGUGGACAAGAUGAUGGAUGUAUUUGCCCACCUGCAGAAGAUUUCAUCUCAUUUCCUAUACUUUUUCGACACCUAAAAAAUAUCAUAGACGACAAUAUAAAUUAUUUCCAGAAGUAUCCGAGCAAAUCAGUGUGUAAACGAUUCCUCGAUGCAUUUGAAAGGAUAAAUGAAACCUUACCAUCUAUUCAAGAAAUAGCGGUUUUUAUUGCUCAAAGAGUGACGAGUUUUGACUAUAGUUCCGAAGUGAAGGGCAAUGGAUACCGAAGCUUGCUUAGAUUAUUGGAACAAUGCAUAAGGGCUUUGACAGAACUGACUUUCUACUGCCAGAAACACAGAAAUCGGUUUUAUUUUAGGUCCCAUCAUUAUUGUUUAGAGAUCGAAGCCCAUACAGAUUUGUUGUUAGGGACGAAAGAUUUACUGAACUAUGCUUUGACAUGUAUGGAGGAAAGUAAAGAUGGGCAGCUUUUCCCUGAGUCUAUUGAUUCAAAAAUCUUGAUUGAGGCUGAAAUGAUGGAUAGAGAGUGUUUCUAUGGUCGUGCUCUGGGUUUUCAGUUUCGACCAGGUCUGCGACAAUUCCUUCAAAUGGUAUGCGUGGCAAUGGCAUCCUUCGCUGAAGGAUAUCAUCGGCACAAGGCAAGUCCAUUAGCAUGUAUGACCACUGCAGUUUUAAGCAGUGGUAAAUACACAGUCAACCCUGAAAUGAGAGCAAAGAUGAUUGUUAAGCUGACACACAAAACUAAUAUGGAGUUCUGCAAGGCAUUUUGGGGUCUAACAGAAGGCUUUGGGGUUCAGUCAAAGGAUGGCUCUAACAAUAAUCAAUAUAGUCCUAAAAUGAAACCAAAGUCUAAAGGUCUUGUGCUUCAUAUUCAUGGAGGUGGUUUUGUCUCACAGUCCUCCAAGUCACAUGAGAUGUACUUGCGAGUCUGGGCCCGUGACUUGAAUGUCCCAAUAUUAUCAGUGGAUUAUUCACUCGCCCCUGAAGCACCGUUCCCAAGAGCUCUGGAAGAGUGUUUCUUCGCGUAUGCAUGGGCUUUAAAGAAUCUAGACAAGCUAGGAACAACUGCCGAGUACGUCUGCAUUGCUGGAGAUUCUGCAGGGGGAAAYCUUGGUGUAGCUGUUUGCAUGCGCGCAGCAGAAUAUGGAAUCCGCAGACCAGACUCCCUUUUGGCCGCGUACCCGCCGUUGAAUGUACAAUACGUUCCAUCACCAUCCAGACUCAUGAGUUUAAUGGACCCUCUGUUGCCUACUGGGAUAUUGUCAGCCUGUCUUGGUGCGUAUGCUGGAAUGGGGAAAUCCCCUUUUGACGAGUGUAUGAAAACGCCAGCAAAUUCCUCGUUAAUUGCGAAACAAGGUAGUGCUCCAACGCCCCCAGUGGACAUUAUCAGAAAGGGCUCUUUUCUUAGUAAAUUUAAACGUGGCAAAGACUCCAAUCGGAAAUCUGAUUUUAGUCCUUCGGAAGAGUUUGAGAACCCUUCAGGGCCGGGUAGUAAGAGCUUUCAAAGUUUCCCUAGUCCACCAACGUCAGAUUCAGUACCGAAGGAUUUAUCGAUGGGAAAUUGUAGCUAUGUCCAAAAUGGGCUACCGAGCUAUGGGAGUCCUAUUCAAGAAGGGUCUUCACCUGAGGGAGAAAAGUACUAUUCUUUUAAGGAGGAGAACUUAGAAACGUUUGUAGCUACCAACAAUGAUGAGAACUUGGUUCGAGAAAAUGAUGGGUUCGAGCAAGAUGAAAAUACAAAAGACAUAUCGAUCCAAGAUUUGAAGUUAAGGGACGUUAUAGUAUCUUGUUCCGACGGGAAGCACUGCACACAACAAAGGUACUAUAGCACAGCUUCUUGUUCCGACGGGAAGCAUUGCACACAACAAAGGGACGAUAGUACAGUUUCUUGUUCCGACGGGAAGCACUGCGCACAACAAAGCAACGCCCAAAGCGACAGACGACGGCUUUUGAAACUCGAUGUUACUCCAAAAUUCCAUGUUCCACUAGGCGAGAACUAUGCGCACCAGGAAAUGCAGUACACUCGAAGCAACGAUGAAUGUCACGUGGUUAACGUUGUUGAUCCCAGUCUCUCUCCGACUGGAGAAACGAUGAUAAUACCCAUUGAGGAGCCAAGCCUUCGGAUAGGGACACCGCCCAUGACGGAGGACGAGGGUAUAGAGGAGAAGGAGCAUGGAUUACAUUACCGAAGGUCAAUGUCUGAAGUGUCUCUACCUAUAGCCAAGAACCCUUACAUGUCGCCUCUAGUUGCUCCAGAUGAAAUGCUGGCUACUUUACCUCCGAUGGACAUCGUGGCUUGUUCUUUGGAUCCACUCCUGGACGAUUCCAUAGAGUUUGCUCGACGUCUACGCUCCCUCGGUAAAGAUGUCGAGAUCUAUAUCCUCGAGGACCUCCCCCACGGGUUUCUGAACUUCAACCUGGUGUGUCAAGAGGCGAAGGAUGGCUGUGAUUUGUGUACGGCUUGUCUGAAAAGAACGCUGAUGGGAAAAAGAAAACUAGAUCGAGUAGACCAAGCUCCUGUUUACUAACCAUCCGUCCGACCACAGGUAGCCCACUCCAUUCUUAUCUCCUUCUAAGAGUGAUGGGAAAUUCAGGACCUUGGUAUGGAUAGCGGUUUCCCUCCGCUUUCGACAGCAGGGCAAGGCAAUACUUAUCAAAAUUUCGUUAUUUUUGUCGUCUAAAAUAUUUUCAUAAGUUUUUUCAAAUGUCUUUGGGUAGUGGAAAAGUUGGGUAAUGGGUAUCGCAUAUGAUUUAUUUACAGUAUCGUCUUUCUUCCUUCCUUUUUGUGGUCGUGUGUUUUACUUAAAAAUAUCAUAUAAAGUAUUCAAUUAUCAUUCACGAGUCUUUCCAAACUUCAAACCUCCGCCCCUUUUCCUUCCUAUCCAUUUAAAGAAAGUGGAACGAUGAAAAAUAAUGGCAAUGAGAUGAGACACUAAAUGUUUUGUCUCAAUGUAGGUAAUUUUUUGUAUACUUGAAAAUUUAGAAUCGCGAAGACCAAAACAUCGAAUGACAAARAUAAAACAAUCGAAUUCUUCACAAAAAUAUUAAAAUUGUGUUAAUAAAUGAUAUAAUUUCUUUAAUUAUCUCAACACAGGAAUUGUUUUCAGUCGUUAAAGUUGAGAAAUGACAAGCCAGUGAAGUAAUAGAAUUAAAUAAUCUGUAUUCUUGGCUCUUUGAGACGUACAACAGCUCAACCAAGGAGGCUUUCUUGUUUAGGUUUUCAAUCAUAGUGCCAAGAUAUUAAUAUCUUAUAGGGGGGUAACUGGGAUUGAUGUGCUUUAAAUUAAUAGUGAACUGAGCUGUUUCCAUAUCAUGUGGUUUUAUGACAUAUUAGUACUAAUUUUUAAGCAAAAUUUCCUGUGAGUUUGUACUGAAAGUUUUUAUUGAUACUUUUUGUAUUUAUACUAAAAUAUCUCUGAAAAUGAUGUACAAAAAAAUAUAAUUUCUCUUCAAUGCAAUAUUUAUAAUUCCUCUCAUUCACUAAUUAAAAUUUGAA